CGUUCGCCUGCGACUGCCAGCAGAUAAGGAGCGCGCCGUCAGCGACUGUAUUGCCGAUAGAUAGCGUGUUGACGAGGCGUUCCCGAACGUGCCGGCCGGUGGCUACGCAGUACCCGCGACGUGGUGUGCUGUGCCGGCAGCUGCGACCAAACUACUAGCGACGCCGAACCAUGGACGAGAUGCCCGACGUGCCGCUAGACGAGCUGGGAGAGGCGACGAGGGAAGGGCUGGAAGGACUGAACCUGGACAAGGAGCAGCUGGCGGAGCGGCUCAAGCACCUCAUCACCAAGGUGGCCGACAUGCCGGCCGAGAAGCGCGCCAAGCUGCUCAAGUCGCUGCUGGACCAGCAGGCGCAGCCGGAGGGCGUCUGGGCCAUCCUGCUCUCCCCCUACACCCUCGUCAUCGUCGCCAUCACCAUCGUCGUCAUGAUCUUCCUGUUCCUCGCGUAUAAGAUCUUCCAGCGUGAAGUGGAGAAGGAAAGGAGACGAGAGGAAAAGAAGAAACUGAAACAGGAAAAGAAAAAGAAGUGAUGUAAACUUUAUAAUAAAGUUUUGCUUCACAUACUUUUAA